CCUUUUUGGGUGGGGUAAGAGGACUGAGAAGAAGCAAAGCAGCAAUGGCAGCAGGUCUUGCAAUCGGAUUUAGUGCUGUUAGGCCACCAUUAAAGCAAGCACUAGGAGUGAAAAUCCUCAAUUACCAAAAGAGCAAAUGGGUCUUUAGCCCUUUGGCUUUUUCAUCAUCUUCUUAUUCUUCUUCAACAUCAAGAAAGCUAAUACUCUAUUCAAAGCCUGGUUGCUGUUUGUGUGAUGGCCUCAAAGAAAAACUCAAUGCUGCUUUCUCUCUUUCCAGUCCCCAUUCUCUACACGACGUUCAAUUACAGAUUAGAGAUAUAACUAGCAAUACUGAUUGGGAGAAGGCUUACCAAUAUGAAAUACCUGUGUUGGCUAGAGUGCGUCCUGAUGGCACUGAGGAGGUACUUCCUAGAUUAUCUCCUCGUCUAGGUGUUGAGGCUAUCCACAAGAAGAUUGCAGCUGCAUUGACUGAAUGAGCUUUCUCUCAAUAACAAUUUUGAAGCCAGUCUUCGCUCAUGUUGUAAGAGUGAUAGAUAAUAUGGAGAACUGUCUUCUUCUUCCUCUCCCUUUUACUGUGUAUCUUGCAACUGUACCACCAC